AUGGCGCCGGAGUUUGGGUGGUGGCCGAUGUCGCCGUGGCUGAGCCCAGGCACGGCGUCGUUCAUCUUCUUCAACGUCCUCGUCGGCGCCAUCGCGGUCAUGUCGUCGUCCCGGGGGCCGGAACCGGCCGCCCGGCGCAAGCUCGUUCGCACGGCCUCGACCGUCGUGCUGGAGAGCCUGCGCUCGAUCUCCAACUUCCCCUUCCACUCACUGGGCGACUACAGCGUCGCGUGCUCUGCACCGGCGUCGUCGCAGCUCCACCACAUGCAAGCGCAGUACUAUAGUGCUACGAUCCAAGAGCAAGAAGCGCGGGAGGUGAGCGCGGUGGAGCCCGAGCCGGCAUCAGUCGCCCGAGAAGAAGCUGUAGUGGCGGCCGCAACGACCACCUCGCCGCAGAGCGCGCCUGCCGUGGCAGAGGAGGUGAACAGGAUGGAGCCCGAGCCAGCGUCAGACGCCCAAGAAGAAACUGUAGCGGCGGCCACAACAACUACCUCGCCGCAGAGCGCGGCACCGGCAGCACUCGACGCGUCAGCGACGGCGACUCAGGGCGAGGUCGAAGACGGGGAGUCCAUCAGCUUGGACGAGGCGUACGCACUGGCGCGCGCAGGGCGGCAGUCCGCCGCCGACACGGUGGCCACGGUGCCGAAGAAGGCCAAGGGACGAGGAGCCUACGGAUGCGGGCGGGGAACGGAGGACGUCCAAGGGAAGGCGGAGGUGGACGCGCGGGCGGAGCAGUUCAUCCGGCAGUUCCGGGAGGAGCUCAAGCUGGAGCGCAUCAACUCCAUCCUCAACCACACCCACGCGCUGCGCCGCACCGCCGGGGCACGCUAG